AUAAUGCAAUAGUAAUGUACUACAUUAAGUCAUGCAACUUCUUCAAAGUUAUCACACAGCUUAGAACCUUGUUCUUUCCUUCAUAACAAAAUGGUUUCAAGUGAAACUCUCCAGACAAAUGCUACAACCAUUGAGCCAAAUUCGAGUCCUCGUAUAUCAUUCUCGUCUGAUUUUCUUGAUAACAAUUUCAUCUCUAGUAUAAAUAUCUCUCCGGUUGAGAAAGAGCAUGAGAACAAACGAGAGAAAACAUUUGAGUUUCUCUCUACCGAUAGCCAAACAAUGCUAUCGGCUGAUGAGCUCUUUUCUGAAGGGAAGCUACUUCCUUAUAGGCCAAUGCAUCAUGAGAUAAAAAAGAUUACUCUCAAAUCCGAUGAUGGCUCGAAAGCGAAAGCAAAAGCUGAAGAUUCAAACAAAGAGAGUAGAGGGAGUUGGUUUGUUGAUGAUGAUCCCUCUCCAAGGCCACCAACAUGCACAGUUUUAUGGAGAGAAUUACUACGGCUCAAAAAACACCGACCAUCCACGUUGUCACCGUCAUCUUCAUCAUCGUCAUCAUCUUCGAGCUCAUUAGUGGAUUCACAGGGCACUAAUAAAGAGGAGAAAUCAGGAAAUAAAGAGAAGCAUGUGAAAAAGACUAAGAAAGGACUGGAGAGGACUAGAUCAGCAACUAUGAGGAUAAGGCCAAUGAUCAAUGUACCAAUUUGCACUCAGAGAAGUAACAGUGCCCUUCCUCCUCUAUUUUCUUUCAAGAAAGGAAAACUAGAGAAGCUAAAGUGAAAAAUAAGGUGUGUAAAUGAGUAGGAUUGUGCAGUGUGUUCAUUUUGGUUUUCCUUUAUUCAUGUCAAGUUCUUCCUUGAGAUUCUUAUUAUUAAUGUAUUUAAGAAUGUUACUUGUAGUGGAUCUGAUGAAUCACAAUGUAAUUAUAGCUUAGUUUGUUCUUCUGGAUUCACAUUUUCCAUAUUAAUGGUUUCGCCUGAAUCGCCAUAUUAUUACAUAAAGUAGUAGGGAACUGAGAUAGUGAGAUUAACACACUCAAAGAUAAAUUCUUAGAGAUCUACAAGAACUUAUCUUUCAAUUUCAAGUCAGUAAUAGCAAAUAAUAGACAGUGGUAUCUCAAAGACUUUUAGAAAUGCC